UACAAGAUUAGAAACUAAUUUGGAUUUCGGGUCUUGGGUUGUGUUGUCCGAACCCAUAAUAUAAAACGGGUCAUUAAGUCUCUCUCUAGUCUCUAAAAUAGUUGGGCUAUCCGUACCGGUAGACCCGCAAAGACUAUUCUCUUACAUCCUCCUUCUAUUUUUAGAAAGUGUCGUCUCCGAUCAAUCCCGUUUCUUUAUCGCCGGAUCCCCACCUUCUCUCUCUAUAUAUAUCUAUCUUGUAUAGGCUGAAGCUGAGGUGAACUGCAUCCUGCUGAUAUCUUUCGGGAACAAUAUGCAGCCAGCUGUUCAGCCAAGGUCUUUCGCCAAUGGAUUUGGCCGUCGCAAAGGCGAAAAAGAAACGGGAACUAGGUUGGAGAGUAGAACGCAGUCUACAAAAACGACUUCCAGCAAGUCGACAGCUGUAGGUAAAAGGGGGGCAUACGAAAGCCCUUCACAGGAUCGACUAGUUUAUUUUAGUUCAUGUCUUCUUGGACAUCAAGUGGAAGUACAGAUGACGGAUGGAUCCGUGUUCUCAGGGAUAUUUCAUGCAACAAAUGCUGACAAAGAUUUUGGUAUUAUUCUGAAAAUGGCCCACUUGAUAAAAGAUGGUUCCCAGGGGAGGAAGAAUGAUCCUGAAUCUCUGAUCAAACCUCCAAUAAAGACUUUGAUAAUACAGGGUAAAGAGCUUGUGCAAGUUGUAGCAAAGGGUGUGCCUGCAACUUUAGAUGUCUUCAGAGCUGAAUUGCUGCGGGAAAAACAGCAGGAACUGUUGACAGAUUCAUGCAUAUCACAGUCCCGGGAUGGUGAGGUAGAGAGGCAGUUGGAACGUUGGGUACCCGACGAUGAUGCUCUUGAAUGUCCUGAACUGGAUAACAUAUUUGAUGGCCACUGGAACAGGGGCUGGAAUCAGUUUGAGGUCAAUGAAACACUAUUUGGAGUAAAAAGCACAUUCAAUGAGGAACUUUAUACUACAAAGCUUGACAAAGGUCCUCAAAUGAGGGAGUUGGAAAAAGAAGCUUCAAGAAUAGCUAGGGAAAUCGAGGGUGAGGAAACACGUGAUCUUCAUCUAGCAGAGGAGAGAGGAAUUCAACUUCAUGGAAAUCUUGAAGUUGAUGAAGAAACCAGAUUUUCAGCAGUUGUUAGGGGGGUUGAUGAUAGUGGCUAUGGUGAUUGUGAGGACAUACUGUUGGAUUCACGUAAUGAUGAAACAUUUCGAUGUAUCUCUACUUCUGCAAUGGGGAAGUCAUUCACUGGUAUGAGUGUUGGGAAAGUUGUUGACGGUGUGGAAUUCUCAUCAAGAUCUUCCUCUACGUAUGAAUUGCAAUCUUCUCAGUUGAGUACCAGCAGGGAUGUCUGUCAGACUUACUAUGAUGAUCAUAGCAAGCAGUCAUCAGCUGAACAUGUUGGUCAAAGUGCCUCGAUGAUGGACGAGAGCAGGGGGCACAAGAUCACGUUCAGUGAACAUGAUGGAGCUAGUUGCAAUGAAGAGGAGAUGAGAAUGCAAAUGUUAGCUGAUGGGGCUCAGACACCAAUACCUGAAGAUUCCAAGUCAUCACUAAGAGUGAAAAAGGAAACCUUGGAUAAAGGUGGGUCAUAUAGGGACGUCUCUGCAUUGUCUCCCCCUCUCAAAUGCCAGGAUAAGACCACAGGUUCUUCUAGUGAAAAGGGGACUGUUGCAUCUUCCAAGAGUCAAGACAGUGCCCGAUCUGCUAAUUCUUGUGUCAGACCUAGUAGUUCUGUUCUAUCCUCCAUUGAUAGAGCAGGUGCUGUGUCUAGCAAUGGAUUAUCGCGUAGCUCUUCAGUGAGUUCAUUUUCUUCAGAAAAAUCCACAAAGUCCACAUUAAAUCCACAUGCUAAGGAAUUUAAAUUUAAUCCCAACGCGAAGAGCUUCGUUCCAUCUCAAGCGACCUUAAGGCCGGCAUCUCCAGUGUCUGAAAAUUCCUUCUACUAUCCAGCUGGGGUGGCUGCUAUGCCACACAUGCAUGGCAUGCCUAUGGGCGUUGGGGUUGGUCCAUCGUUUGCUGGACAUCAGUCUGUUGUAUUUAAUCCACAGGCUACACCUGCACAGCAGCCGUAUUUUCAUCCAAAUGGACCUCAGUAUGGACAGCAGAUGAUGAUUGGUCACCCUCGGCAAGUUGUCUACAUGCCAACUUAUCCCCCUCAGGAAUUGCCGUACAAGGGAAGAGGAGAGUAUUGACCAGUUGGUUAGUGACCUGCAUCGCUUGGUGGCUUAAUCCAUUUGCUGAUAUGGGAAACAAAUUUCUGACAGUAGAUUGCAUGGAUCAGUUUUUGGCGCAUAAAGUCCUGCUAGUUGAUAAAAUAGCUGCAAUCUGCACCUGCUGGCUGAUAUGGUUCUGUUAGCACUCCUGUAUAAUGCCGAAUUUGUUAUUCUGCUUUUCAUAAUCAUAGAUCCUUCUUUUUUUUUUUUUUUGGGUAAGCUCAUAGGUGUUCUUUGGCAGAUUGUUGUUUAUUUCUCAUCUUUGGCUUUGUUCAACUUUUUUUUUUUUUUUUGGGACAAAUGUAACCAAUCUUGUCCUAUAUUGUCUUAUUAGAUAAUCGUUGUGGUGUGUGAAAUUCGUUUUUGCUCAUGUUGUUUCAUCUUUUUGCUC